AUGAAAGACAGGACGAAGAAAGGAAACGAACUGGACAAAUUGGGCAAGGAAUUGACCCAAACUCUAGAAGGUAGAGAUAUGUGGAGAAAGCUAUUCGAAGAACGUAACCAGAAACCGGAAAAAAAUGUUCAGAAAACUCCCGAUGAAGAUGGAAACGGAAACGGAGCUAAUAGCGGAUUGUCAUGGAGAAACAGAAGAUAUGAGAAGCACGACGUUAGGGAAAGAGUCGAUCCUUCUCUAAUGGAAGGGAUCAUCAUGGUGAACGUCCCUAAGGCCAGGAAAACUUUUUGCCCUCAAUGCAAAGUUCACCAGAGUUUCAAGGUGACCCAGUACAAGAAAGGAAAGGACUCGAUUCUGGCUCAAGGAAAGCGUCGUUACGAUCGUAAGCAGCGUGGAUUCGGUGGUCAGACGAAACCUAUUUUCAGGAAGAAGGCCAAAACUACAAAAAAGAUUGUUCUCAAGCUUCAGUGCAUGAAGUGCAAGAAGUAUAUGCAGAAACCAAUCAAGCGAUGCAAGCACUUCGAGCUUGGAGGAGACAAAAAGAAGAAGGGCCAGAUGAUCCAGUAUUAA